AGUUCGUUUCACUGUGUUUUUUUUUCCUUUUCCUUUUCUUACUUUACUUUUUUAUUAAAAUUGUAGUAUGUACUUUUCGUUCCUCUUCUUCUCAAGUCUCUCUCUCUCUCUCUCUCUAUCUGAUUUUUCCUUGGUUGUUGGAGGAGGCAUGAUUGGAAUUUGGAUGUGUAUGUGAAUAUCAGUUUGUAUGGUACUACUAUUAUUGUUCUUGAAAUCUUUCUACUUUGAAAGUCUUUGUGUUGGUUUGUGGGAAUUGAGAGAAAAUUUUGGAAGAAAAAUGGAUGAUGAAUAUGCUAAGCUUAUCAGGAGGAUGAACCCUCCAAGAGUUGUGAUUGACAACAAUUCUUGUGAGGAUGCCACUGUUAUUCAGGUUGACAGUGUAAACAAACAUGGGAUUCUCCUGGAAGUUGUCCAAGUGCUUACGGAUAUGAACCUUAUAAUAACAAAGGCAUACAUCUCAUGUGACGCGGGAUGGUUCAUGGAUGUGUUUAACGUGAUUAACUACGAUGGGAACAAAAUCAGAGAUAAGGAAGUCAUCGAUUAUAUUCAAAGGAGGCUUGAAAGUAAUGCCAGCUUCUCACCCUCCUUGAGAGACUCUGUUGGGGUAAUGCCUUCUGAAGAGCAUACCUCAAUAGAACUCAGUGGUACUGACAGGCCUGGCUUAUUGUCUGAAGUGUGUGCGGUUCUCACAGACCUUCACUGUAGUGUGGUGAAUGCUGAGAUAUGGACACACAAUGCAAGGGCUGCGGCUGUAGUUCAUGUCACAGAUGAUUCCACUGGAUGUGCAAUCAAAGAUCCAAAACGUCUCUCAACAAUUAAGGAAUUGCUUUGCAAUGUCCUCAAAGGAAACGAUGACUUGAAGACAGCAAAUAUGACACUUUCACCCCCUGGAGUUACAAACAGGGAGAGAAGGUUACAUCAGAUUAUGUUUGCUGACAGAGACUACGAAAGAGUUGAAGUAGACAGACUUGGGGGACUUGAGAACAAGAAAUCAAGACCUAAUGUAACUGUGUUGGAUUGCAGCCAGAAAGAUUACACAGUGAUUACUAUGAGGUCAAAAGAUCGGCCAAAACUGUUGUUUGACAUCAUUUGCACCUUGACGGACAUGCAGUACGUAGUUUUCCAUGGAAUGGUCAACACAGGGAGGAUGGAAGCUUAUCAGGAAUUUUAUAUUCGACAUGUUGACGGCCUUCCUAUAAGUUCAGAAGCUGAGAGAGAACGUGUUGUACAGUGUCUUGAAGCGGCCAUUGAAAGACGGGCAUAUGAGGGACUGGAGCUUGAAUUGUGCACUGAAGACCGGGUUGGUCUCCUCUCGGAUAUCACCAGAAUUUUCCGUGAAAACAGUUUAUGCAUUAAAAGAGCUGAAAUUUCAACAAAAGUUGGACAGGUCAAAGACACUUUCUAUGUCACAGAUGUGACUGGCAACCCUGUUGACCCCAAGAUUAUCGAUGCACUUCGCAGACAGAUAGGCCACAGUGUGCUUAAGGUUAAACAUAAUUCAAGUAUUUCACCAAAGCCUCCUCAAGAAACUACAAUGGGAUUCUUAUUUGGAAAUUUGUUUAAAGCUCGAAAUUUCCAAAGUUUCAAAUUGGUCAGAUCCUACUCUUAAUAUCUUCCUGUAUAUUCUCAGAAGUCAGAAGUAUAAACUGUACAGAGAUAUUAGAAAAUCGUUACUCUGAAGAAUGCAUAGGGAUGAAAAAAACAUGUAAGUAGGAACCUCCCUUUCCUCGUGCACAUAGGGUUAAUGUUAUGUGUUGAUGUACUACAGAAGAAACCCAGAAACCACUUUAUACUGUGAAUAGUACUGGUGGGGUUUGUAUAUGCUUAUGUCCUGUAAGUAGGUUAUGUACAGUGUGAUGUUACAUUGAUUGUACAGAGAUAUGGAAGCUGUAUAGAUAUAAUUGAGCUCAAUCAAAAAGUUAUGUAAAAAUCUUAGUGUUUCUUGUC